AUGAAAUUGUCGAUUCUUCUUGUUCUCUGUGCUCUGAUUACUGCAAGUCUAGCACUUAUUGAUCCGAACCCCAUGUUGAGAGAUUUCCCAAAACGAAGAAAAGUCACAGACAGUCCUGUGAAAAUGUUAAUGAAAAGCAAAAACAGAAAUCGAGUCCCUCGUGAAAUCAUCUCUUCAACUCAUACUCCCGGACGUUUCCGCCCGUUUACAGGGAAACGAACGACUCUGAAAAACUGGAUUGUUUGA